AGGCCACGCAAAGCGUGUGUGCUUCCCGGGGCCCCCCCGGGCGUAGUUGGUGAAUGGGGCCCUGGUGAUCCUCGACCUUUUUCGGGCCAUGGUUACCGAACGGUAUGCCAAUGUGCCGAUGCCAGCUGUGGAGGAACCAGAUGAGACAGACCCAGUGCCAACACAGGGCAGCCUCAAGCGAAAGGCCAAGGAGCAACGGAAGGUUCUGGGGAUGAAACAAUUCCUCCAGAUGCACAAGUUUGAGGAUGUGAACGAACCUCAACAGCCCCGUAGCGGCUGCUGCUUUGUGGCACAGAGAGAACAGCUCUACCCAGUACACCUCGCAGCCAAGCAGGGGAACGCGGAAGUUGUGUCUUCGCUGCUGCGGGCUGGGGCCGACAAGGAUCAAUUGACCUCCAAGGGACGAAGUGCCUUGCAAUUGGCGAGGAGUGCUGAUGUCUACGGUUCACAUCUCCAGGUCAUCCAAGUGCUGGAGGGAAAUCGCAGAAGGAGAGCAAGUCGGUCCUGAACUUUGCGCACACCCUGCACACUGACGCCCCGAACGGGUCAUGAUACGCACCCAGCACCAGUUGAUUUGCUUUGGUGGUAGCUGGAAGGGACCCAUCAGUUGUCAUUGUGGAGAUGAUGUUUUUAAAACUUGUUGAUUCCCGAAGUCCAAGCAGAGUGCGCUGCCAAAUGGCCAGCAGCAUGUGUGCCGGGACUGUCUUGCUUGAAUCACUGCCGAAGCAAAAACAAUUAUUCUUCAUAAGUUUCUACCAAAGAAGCGGGCAGUGCAUGUUAGGAAUUUUAAAUGACAUUUAAUGUACUUAUUUUUCCACUGGCAUUUCCCUCUUAUCAAUGUCCUAGUUGGCAUUGAUUUCGACAGGGUCUUAGCCCAGUGUGAUGUUGGUCAUGCACCUCGACUUGACGGGCUUCCACAGUACAUUAGAGCUCUGCUAACUGCAGUGGAAAAAUGCCGGCACCUUCACAUGGCAACACUUGGGGUACUUCAACUGCUGAACUACUUC